AUGCCAAAACGUAAAAAAGUAUUUACAAAACCUAAAGUGAGAGCAAAAAAAAUGAAAGAAGCACGUCAAAAUGAAACAGAAGAACAAUGGGAAAAUCGACGUUCGAAUAAUCGUGAACGUAUGAAGAAACUCAGAAAAAAUCAAACCGAUCAAACUAGAUCACGAGGAAGAGUAGAACUUCAGGCGUUUCAUUAUGAUUGUAAAAAGAAAUAUAUUGAACAUCCGAAUGUGAUCAUUGGAAAAAUGGAUACGAUAUGCAAGUAUUGUAAUGAACGCAAAUUUCAAGGAGAAACUGCUGGUAUGUGUUGGUCAAAUGGCAAAGUAAAUUUACCACCAUUGAAUAUACCGCCACCAGAAUUACUCGCAUAUAUGAACGGAGAAACACCAGAUUCCAAUCAUUUUCUACAAAAUAUACGACGAUAUAACUGUUGUUUUCAAAUGACUUCAUUUGGAGCGACUUUACAUUAA